UGCGAAUAAAGAUAAAGAUAAAGUUUCAAAAUAAAGAUUUUAAAAAUUUCAAGAUUUGGUAUUCUGCGAUCUUGGAUAAAAAUCCCAAGAAAUGCAAAUAAAGAUUUCAAUAUCCAAAGUGUCAUCGUCGCUCUGUCAUUUGCGACUUUGGUCAACGUGCCGAUUGUGCUGUAAGUAACAGAUGCUCCUAUUCUAGUGAAUUUAUAGACUGUGGGCUGUGAUAUAAUCUUCUUUUGAAACUGAGAUGGACGAAGAAAACAAUCCGAAUGGUAUGUAUUGCAUAAUUGAUGACUUCAAGAGAUCCUGGAACAAAAAGAGCUCGAAAGGGAUUAAACACCAAAAAGUCUCAGAGGGAAUGUUUUGUGAAUUUCGCUAUAAAGAACCCUAGUGUUUGGGAUUCCCUUGCCACAGGGUACGAUGCAUCAUGGGACGAACUAAAUAAGAUGCUGAAUGAUUUGGGACCUCCUCAGAAAGUCAAAGACGAUUGGAUCAAGAAUUUCAGAGAUUGGAUAUAUCAGUUGAAGCACAAGGAGAGGUCAGGCUGCAAAAGAAUUUUGAGUAACUUGGAGCAGAAAGCAUUGGCUGCUUUCGGGAAUAUAUCUUACGAAGGUGAUAGCACUAUUAAGGCACGGGGGAUACCUUCAACUUCAAGUCACUCCCAGUUGACACCAUCAGCUUCUGGAUCAUUUUCGCCAGCAUGUAAUGGGUUUCCGGAAGAUCUUAUCGAGGAACUUCCAGACCCUCAAACUAUUGCAGAUGAAAUUCCCAGGAACAGUGAUGAUCAAGGAGGUGUUGGAAGACGCAGACCGCAAAAGAGACAAACUUUGGAUGUGCUCACUGAAAAUCUGGCGGAAUUGAUUGAAAUGAAGAAACAACGUCAUGCAGAGAAAAAAGAGCGAGAUGAUCGAAUGGUCAAAGCCUGGGAACUACUAGGAGAAGCUGCCUUUUCCCUAGCCAAUUCCAAAAAUAAGGAGUAGGUAAAACAAAAAUUAGUUGUUGAAGCAUUAACCCACGUAAAUAACAGAUUUGAAUCUCAUAUAGCCUCGACAUUUAUGCUGGUAUAAUGCUUCCUGUUUCUAUACAGUCUGGCGGGACGAACAGGAUCAUUUUAUGGCGGAGCAACAAUAGCGAUGUGUGUACAGUCGAUGGAGCCUACAAUAUUAUUCAAAUCAAAUUGUUCCUGGAAUCCCGCAGAGAUAGAUCUUUUUUCGUCCUGGGAUGUUGGAAAUUUAAUAAAUUGAUCUACCAAGUGGUCAUCAAUGAGUCCAGAAAUUUAUGAAAUGCACCGAGAAACUGUAGCCUGACUCAUGUUGCACAUAUUAUUCCUACCGACUGAGACUUGGUAGGACCCUUUGCCAUAAAAAUGUAAAGUGGACAAAACCUUAAUAUGAAAUGGAAUUACUUCUGAUUCGAAAUUAUUCGAUGAAUCCCAAGAUUUUAGCUGGUCAAUUAAAUCCAAUGCCAAAUUUGAAGUCAGAACAAAUAUUUGACGAAAUGUAUUCUCAGGCAAUUCAAAGGGGUUCGAUGCAUCCCGUAAUGUGCGAAGUUGAAUUCUGUUCAAUUGACUGAAAUAUGAAAAAUAUAAAAAAAAAUAUUUGUUUGUCUCCGUUUAAAAUUAAUUUGUAAGUACUCGAUCUUACUUUUCAUCCAGGCGUCGUCGCAAUUCACACAAUUCUCUAAUAAUAAACAAAAUAAGGACGUCUUCCAUUGAAGGUUUUACUUUACACACUCUAUCAACACGCAAAUAAAGAUUUCAAAGCACCUCGAGACCACCUUUGAAAUCUUGAGAAAAAAUAAAGACUUUUGAGGUUAGAAUCGUCUUGAAAUCUUGCUUGCAGAAUACCAAAUCUUGAAAUAUUUUUAUCCAAGCGAAAAAUAAAGAUAUUUGACAGCUUUAUUUUGAAAUCUUGUUUGUAGAAUACCAAAUCUUUAUUUUUCCCUUUAUUUCUUUAUUUUUAUCUUUAUCUUUAUUCGCAGAAUA